UUAUUCCCCAUAUCACUCUCACCUUACCCUACUUAUCUAUUAUACUACUUACUUAUCACUUACCUUACCACUUAUCAUUACUUUAUUCUUGAAUACUUAUCCUACUAUCUCUUACCUUAUACUCACUUAUCUUACUAUUACUUACCUUCACUUCUAUUAUCUUUAUCACUUCCCUUACCAUCUCUUACUUUUACUAUCACUACUCAUAUCUCUCUUACCUUACAUCACUUCCCUUACUUAUACUUACCUCACUUAGUCCUUAAUUAUUAUAUUUAUUACUUCCCUAUUAUCACUUAUACUCCCAUCUUUACUUCCCUUACCAUUUCUUACUUAUUACUAUCACUUAUACUUACCCUAUUCCGAACCCUACCAAACUUAGUCUUAUAUCCCCCUAUUCUUACUUCCUCAAUAUAUCCCUGA